ACACGACCUCGCACGAACAUCGAUAUUUAACAGCUGAUAAUUUGGCGCGUAGGGUGUAUGCACGUAACAGCAAGGUUUGCUCCAUCUUCAGCAGAGCUAUUAACAUUUAAAAAUGAAACCCGAAUGUUCAAGAGCUUCCAAGGAAGGAAAAAUUAGUAGAGUAUCACUGCAAGUUCUUCAACCAGCGGCUGGUGACAAGGAAAAUCUUGUUGGUGGAAGCAGGCAGACGGUUACAAAUAUGAAAGUUGGUGUGAAAUUAGGGGAAAAAUGUGGGAAAAGUAAAUCGGUCAAUGAAAAGAAUGUAGAACAUACAAUGUUGAAGGGGAAUUUGAAGAAGAAGAAGGUGAAUGUAGCGCACAAAUCAGUUCAGACCAAUAAAGACGAGGAAAAACCACAGAUUAAUUCAGCGGACCUUAUGUCAGAUGGACCUCCAAGUGAAAAUUACUGGCAGUUACUGGCAGAGAAAAGGAGAAUUGCACUUGAAGAGAGCUUGCAAGAAAACAAAACUUUGCAUCAGAAAUUGGAGAUCCUUGUGGAGGAGAAACAGCUGACUGAACAGAUGUUAGAAGAAAGCAGGAAUCUCGUCGAUGUGCUGAAAGAAAUUCUUGCUGCUGGUGAAAACGAAGAAUCUCAAAUUGACUCUGAAGGCGAAUCCUCUUCAUAAUUAAUUGAUUGUGCGCAGUGAAGUGAUAUGGCCAUGUUGGACGUGAUGUGACGCUUGGUGGUACUUGUUUAAAAAAUAAGUUGUUUGCACUGUUCCAUAUUUAUGAUUAAUUACCUUUUACUGUGACAUUAAAAGUUUUCAUUGUGACAUUUCUGAUAAAAAAAUUACUUUAGCAUUGUUAACAGGUGAUAACUGUGUAAUUGCACCGAUUUUGUAACAUAUGUAAGGCAAACUCGAUAAAUAACAACAAUUUCAAUGUGACCAUGAUUAUGUAAUGGAAAUGAAAUAAAAAUCACCAAAGUCUCCACAUUCAAUAGAGAACUGGAGACUAGAGAACUUAAAUUAUUAUUCAAAAUUAA